AUGCCAUCCGACAUUUCUCGUAGCCGGAAUGCGCCCCUCAUCACCAUCUCAUGCGCCCUCGUCUCGUACGUGCACACGCUCUUUGGAUUUCUGGCCUUUGGCGGGGCAUUGGUGCUUGCGCUUAGCCUGCACUACAAGAAGGUCGUCAAGAAUGGCGUGGCUGGUUGGCCUUACGAGUAUUGGCCGAGCGUCAGUGCUACCAUAGGAGACUGGUACCCAGAGCGGUGAGCAGGGCUUUCGUGAAUGAGUGUUGGGGUCACAGGCACCCAUUGACGCAUUGCACCAAUCAACGCAGCAACAUCUUUCAAAUCUUCAUUGCGCUCAUGUCGGGUCCUAGGCUGGCACUGGUCUUGCUUUCAAGCCUCCUUGUCUCCCUCUCCAACCCGACUUCAUCCAGAGCCAAGGUGCUGCUGGCAGUAGGCGUGUUGCGCACCUUUUCUUGCGGUGGCUGGGUCUACAUCACCUCGACAGAUGACCACGAUGUCCAUGAUGUAUGCAUGAUUGCAUACCUCGUGCUCACUCCAGCCUGGAUGUACAUCAGCAGCGGUAGUCUGAGUCUGGCAUCGCCCACUUCAGCUGCGGACUAUUCCUCCAACGUGGUGACCGCAUCCGCUAUCGCAACUAAAGCGCGCACCAUGAGACGGAGAGCAGCCUUCGCUUUCUGGUCAAUGAUUCCGUUCAUGAUCUUGUUCUUCUACCGACACAAGGUCCAGCAUAUACCCGGCGCAUACACCCAUUACUCCUUCUUUGAAUGGGGCUUGAUCGUUUUCGACUUGCUGUUUGACUUUGCAAGCGUCUACGAUCUAAGCAGACUGGAGCUACACGUCGUCGAAGCCGCUGCUCCACAACGUCCUACUGGACUCGCAGAGCGCGAAGUUGGAAAUGCGAAGCUCUUCGGCGGUUCUUGGGUGGAUGGCGGGACAGCUGCUGCUGUAGAGAUGGGAGCAUGGUCCACGCCGCCACAGAAACUCGGCAAUACUAGCGCCGCACAAAAGUCAGGGUACGCAUCUUCAUUGCUUCCUAGGUGAUGUUGGCGAAUUUAGGGGAUUAUGCUACAAUGCCAACGGUUGACACUCUCAGACUGAUUCGAUAGAGUCUGAACCACGCCCAUUCCAAACAGGUACAAGAGCACGUCCAGUAGCCGUGACAAGGACCCAGUAGAAGCAUCAGCCCUUCGAGACAUCAUUAGCCUGCUAGCCGAGACCUACAUAGGUUCGUAACGAUGGCAAUGCUUGCGUAGCUGAAACGCGCACUCUUGACCGGGCUUGCUGACUUUGUCCCUGCUCCUAGGCUUCUGCUUCUGGACAACUUUGACGGCUCUGCACCCGACCAUCUUCUUCUUUAGCGUCUACAAUCUCGCAGUCGGAGGACACGAAGUGCUGCUAGUUAGCCAAGUUUUCGCGUUGGCUUUCUGCCUUUUACCUUUCGUUCGGCGAAGGCUACUGGUUGAGCCUAAAGGUCAAAAUGCAUCGGUCGCUUGUGUGGGUCGCACCGCGCUGGGUGCUGAGGUGUUGCUCCGUACCUUGAGCCUGGUUGGAAUGGGCUGCUGGUGGAUCGCCAAUCCGCUUGCUAGACUGAUAUUGACUGCAGUUGGCGCCAUGGGCUUUGCUGUGCAUUCAACGCUAGAUUGGGCAGCUGCAUGGGAACGCGAGGAGCUGCAACGCAAAGUCACUGGUGCGUGUCGGUGCCGACCUCGUCUUGACUGCAAGCUGACCUCGAUCCGCUCGAUAAAUGUCCUGCAGUGUGGCUGCUCGGCCUGUUCCUCUCUAGCGUUGCGAAGUACGGCAAUCACAGCAACAAUCCAGCUUGGCCAUUCAUGAACCAGACAAAUGGCGGCCUUAACGGCAUAGCGCUCUCUCUUGCGGUGCUCGCGAACGUGGAACAGCUCUAUGUGCACGUCGUAGCGAGACAAGCGAAGCUCGUGCCUCUCCGUACUAGAACUGCACCGCACAGCUGGCUGUCCUCCGUCGCGGCCGCUGCGUCGGCUGGUAGCUUGAUAUACUCGUUGCACACGUACAUCACCGACAGUGGCACCAUGAUCUCGUGGACUUGGACCGGAUGGCCUAUUACAGGGUAAGUUACCCCACAAAUUUUCGCGUCAACCUGAAGCUAAUUUGGCGUCUCUUUCCUCGGUAACAGUCCAAUGGCCAUUCCACAUGGCGUUUUUGUCCUCGGUGCCUCGCUUGUGUCGCUUAUGCUGUCACUUGCUAUCCCCGACCUGGGUUCUCACAUUCUCUGGUUCUUCUUAGGCGCAUUCGGGUCAUACCAACUCUUGACUGCAUCAGACUGGGACGCCUUCCUCGGUGCUAUCGCUGUGGCAGUGUUCUUGCCGCCGAUCGCUUUGCCCAUUCUUACAAACGCCAUGCAGCACCAUCCCCUCAAGAUCAUGCUUGGAGCUUGGCUCACGGCAGACUUGAUGACCUUCUUCCAAACUCUGACUGUUGCAUACGCCUUUGUUCCGGGCGGGAAACCUUUCAGAGAACACUCGGAUGCGUGAGUACAAUACUGCGAUGACGGUGCAGCUCUUGCGACGCUGACGCCCUCCGGCCCUGACCGAAGCAUGAUGGUGGCACAAUUGGCGAUGCUGUUGGCCGGCAUCACUGGCUUGAGGAUAUCGCAGCCUUCAGCCGCGCCACGGACACGCGCAUCUUUACAAGUGCUGAGCAGGAAGGGGACGCGCUUGUUCAAGUACACAGGUGCCCUAGUACUGGCGCUUACAGCAGCGGCAGGAGUCAUCUCCUCUGUCCGCCUCGUGCCUGCCAGCUCUGUGCAGCCGUAUCGCCCGCAAGAGCGAAUCCUUACGGCUGGCAUUUGGACGGUUCACUUCGCUCUGGAUCAGAAUCUUUACGAGUCGUCAAGACGGAUGUCGACUUUGAUCGGCGACAUGGAGUUGGACGUCGUUGGCUUACUUGAAUCUGACUUGCAACGGAGCGUGUUUGGCAACCGAGAUCUGACACAGUAUCUUGCCCAAUCGCUGGGCAUGUACGCAGACAUAGGUCCUGGACCGGACAAGCACACGUGGGGCGCGACUUUGCUCUCGAAGUUUCCGAUCGUCAACACUACGCACCAUCUGCUGCCCAGCCCUCAUGGCGAGCUUGCACCCGCUAUUCACGCCGUAUUGGAUGUGUACGGCGUGCACACGCACGUCAUCGUCAGUCACAAUGGUCAGGAAGAAGAUCCUCUCGAUCGCGAGCUGCAAACGACGGAGCUCGCUCGGAUCCUGCGCGCAGCAUAUCCGCAUCCAGCCAUCUUCCUUGGCUACGUCGUCACGAAGCCUCAUGCAGAUAGACCAGCCCCAUAUAAGAUCCUGUUCGAAGAUGGCAAGAUCCUCGACGUCCAUCCCGGCGACGGCGAGAGGUGGUGCCAGUAUCUGGGAUUCAGAGGCCUGGACCGCAUCGGCUAUGUCCGAGUGUCCAGGUACACCGUAACCGAUACAGAACUGCAAGUGAUCAAGCUGCGCGUGCCGGAGGCUGGGCAGGUCAUAGACCCUGACACGGACUCGAGAUCCAGGAUCACCUCUGACGAUGCUUUGCCCAAGGAGUGGCGCUUCCCUCACAAAUUCAUCGACCCACCUGCUAUGGUCUACAACAAGCACAAGUACUCUCCAUUUUAUUUCCCUCUUGCCUUUGUACCCUAA